AGGGAUUGGCAGAGAGGGGUGGAGGACACUGAAUGGAGGCCAGUGGAGGGAUUGGCAGAGAGGGGGGGAGGACACUGAUGGAGGCCAGUGGAGGGAUUGGCAGAGAGGGGAGGAGGACACUGAAUGGAGGCCAGUGGAGGGAUUGGCAGAGAGGGGAGGAGGACACUGAAUGGAGGCCAGGUGAGGGAUUGGCAGAGAGGGGUGGAGGACACUGAAUGGAGGCCAGUGGAGGGAUUGGCAGAGAGGGAUGGAGGACACUGAGUGGAGGCCAGUGGAGGGGAGGGGCAGAGAGGGUGGAGGAGACUGAAGGGGGAGGUGAGGAGGAGACUGAAGGGGGAGGUGAGGAGGAGACUGAAGGGGCGAGGAGACUGAAGAGGCGAGGUGAGGAGGAGACUGAAGGGGCGAGGUGUGGAGGAGACUGGAGGGGCGAGGUGAGGAGGAGACUGAAGGGGCGAGGUGUGGAGGAGACUGAAGGGGAGAGGUGAGGAGGA